AUGUGGGAGGAGGAGGAUGUGGAAGUGGAAGUGGAAGUGGAGGAGGAGGAAGUAGUGGUGGUGUUACGAGUAGCUGCCUCCACGAUGACAGCCAUAAAGCACGCACUCCAGAGGGACAUCUUCACCCCCAAUGAUGAGCGUCUUCUCGGCAUUGUUAAUGUGUGCAAGGCUGGGAAGAAAAAGAAGAACUGCUUUUUAUGUGCCACGGUUACUACAGAGAGACCUGUUCAAGUUAAGGUCGUAAAGGUGAAGAAAUCUGACAAAGGAGACUUCUAUAAAAGACAACAAACCUGGGAGCUUCGAGACUUGACUGAAGUAGAUGCCAAAGAUGCGAGCAAGGAAAACCCUGAGUUCGACCUACACUUUGAGAAGGUGUACAAGUGGGUGGCCAGUAGCACAGCUGAGAAAAACUCUUUCAUCUCUUGUAUUUGGAAAUUGAAUCAGCGAUACCUAAGAAAAAAGCUUGAAUUUGUGAAUGUCAGUCCGCAGCUGCUGGAGGAAUCAGUUCCAAGUGGAGAAAGCCAGAGUGUUGCUGGAGGCGAUGAAGAUACUCUUGAUGAUUACCAGGAGCUGAGCACUCGUGAGGAGCAAGACAUCGAGGGCAUGAUGGAGAUAUGCGAGUUCUCCAUCUCUAACGCUGAAGCUUUUGCAGAACAGCUGUCGAGGGAGCUGCAAGUGCUAGAUGGGGCCAACAUCCAGUCCAUUAUGGCGUCGGAGAAGCAGGUCAAUAUCCUGAUGCAACUUUUGGAUGAAGCACUGACUGAGGUCGACACUAUUGAGGGAAAACUCAGCAGCUACGAAGAAAUGCUGCAAAGUGUGAAGGACCAAAUGGACCAGAUCUCCCAGAGCAACCGCCUCAUUCAGAUCAGCAACACCAACAAUGGAAAACUGCUUGAUGAAAUUCAGUUCUUAGUGAACUACCUAGACUUGUCGAAAGGACACAUUAGGGCCUUACAGGAGGGAGAUCUGACCUCUCCUAAAGGGAUUGAAGCUUGUAUCAACGCCUCUGAAGCUCUUCUGCAGUGCAUGAAUGUGGCCCUUCGACCAGGUCAUGACAAACUUUCUGCAGUAAAACAGCAGCAGAAUUUGUUUGUGGAGCUCAGAGACACCUUUGCCCGCCGUCUCACAAAUCACCUCAACAAUGUGUUUGUUCACCAGUUCAACCACUUCAGUUACUUCAAAAUGACCAUCCCUCAGUUCUAUAGGUCCUCCUGCCUGUCUCUCCCAGGCCAUGACCAGAGCUCCACAAUAUCUCAGAAUACAGCAGAGUUGACUCUUCCCAAACACAGUCCACUUCACAGAGACCUUCUGCGUUACGCCAAACUAAUGGAGUGGCUGAAGAACACGCAGAAAGAGAAAUAUGACGGCUUGUCCAGGACCUACGUUGAGUACAUGAGUCGGUUGUAUGAACGUGAGAUUAAAGAUUUCUUCGAAGUUGCCAAAAUGAAAAUGGCAGGAACGAGCAAAGAGGCAAAGGGCAAGUUUGCCACGCUUCCUCGGAAAGAGAGUGCGCUCAAAAUGGAGACUGAAAGCCUCCACGGCAGCUCUGGGAAACUCACCGGCUCCACCUCGAGUCUGAAUAAGCUCACCGUCCAGGGCUCCAACAGCAGGCGCUCCCAGUCGUCCUCACUGCUUGACAUGGGAAACAUGUCGGCCUCGGACUUGGACGUCGCUGACAGAACAAAGUUUGACAAGAUCUUUGAACAAGUUCUGAGUGAGCUGGAGCCAUUAUGUCUUGCAGAACAGGACUUUAUCAGUAAAUUCUUUAAACUACAGCAGCACCAAGCAGUCAUACCACCACUUGCCCAGCCAGAGAGCGAGGAGUCAGAUGGAGGGGUGCAGACAAGAAUGCCUCAUCACAGUGAACACAGACACUCUUUGUCUUCAGAGAAAGACCUUGUGCGCCUGAUGAUGAAUAAAAUCUUCCAGAGCAUAGAGACAGAGUUAAACAGUCUCAUAGCUUUGGGGGACAAGAUUGACAGCUUCAACUCCCUGUACAUGUUAGUGAAGAUGAGCCAUCACGUUUGGACAGCGGAGAAUGUCGACCCAGCCUCCUAUCUCAGCACCACGUUGGGAAAUGUGCUCGUCACAGUCAAGAGGAACUUUGAUAAGUGCAUAUCUGGCCAAAUAAGACAGAUGGAAGAAGUAAAAAUUUCGAAGAAAAGCAAAGUUGGCAUCUUGCCUUUUGUUACUGGAUUUGAGGAAUUUGCAGAAUUGGCUGAAACCAUUUUUCGUAACGCUGAACGCCGUGGAGACCUAGACAAAGCUUAUGUCAAACUGAUCAGAGCUGUUUUUAUGAACGUGGAGAAAGUGGCCAAUGAGAGCCAGAAGACACCACGCGAUGUUGUGAUGAUGGAGAAUUUUCAUCACAUCUUUUCAACACUGUCGCGUCUGAAGAUCUCGUGUUUGGAUGCUGAGAGACGUGAAGCUAAACAGAAAUACACGGAUCAUCUCCAGUCCUAUGUUAUCAACUCUUUGGGUCAGCCUUUGGAAAAACUCAAUCACUUCUUUGAAGGAGUAGAAGCUCGUGUAGCGCAGGGGGUGCGUGAGGAGGAGGUGAGUUAUCAACUUGCCUUCAAUAAACAAGAACUGCGCAAAGUUAUCAAAGAAUAUCCUGGCAAAGAAGUGAAAAAGGGACUUGACAAUCUCUACAAGAAAGUUGACAAACACUUGUGUGAGGAAGAAAGUCUGCUUCAAGUGGUGUGGCACUCAAUGCAAGACGAGUUCAUUCGCCAGUACAAGCACUUUGAAGAUUUAAUCGGCAGAUGCUACCCAGGUUCUGGAAUCACUAUGGAGUUUACCAUUCAGGACAUGCUGGAGUACUUUUCUAGUAUUGCCCAAUCACACUAA